AUAUAGCUGAUGUCCAGCGUCAUGUUCAACGGCUUCUCGUCCGCCGCCGGAGGGAACAGAGCUCCGCCGCAAUCCCCCUCAACAGCCGCCCUGGAACUCUUCUGGGUGUUCGACCUGUUUAUUGCCGGUGGUAGAAUCGCCGAACUGGCGUCACUCGUCACUGGAGACAACAAUCUCUUCCUUACGCUGGCCAGAGAUCGCAUGGGUUCAAUCAACCUCCGCAGACUCCUGGGAAGAUCCGUCCAGAUCGACGACAUGUUCUUCGACGCCGUAAUCUCGGUGUUCCUCCCGAUUAUGAAGCUCAAGUACGGACACCACGUGGCCAUGCGGACGGUGGAGGCAGCGGACAGGGAGAAGAAGAACGCGUUCUACUCGGCGGUGGAGACCCACUUCCUCGAGCUGGCCUACGACGAGAAUGGCUGCGUCGCCCUCAACGAAGCCAUCACGGCCGUGGCCGGGCCGCACAGGCAGAGGAUUCUCGACCUGGUCGCGGAAAACGCGGUGGGGUUAAGCAUGGACACGUCAGGAAACUUCGUGGUGCAGCAUGUUCUGAAACUGAGUAACCCCUUGUGCACGGAAAAGAUGGCGUCGAAGCUGAAGGGACAUUACGUCCUCCUGUCGUUCCAGAAGUACGGGAGCUACAUCGUGGAGAAGAUUCUGGAGCAUCCGCCCACCACGCAUCUGGUUCUAGGCGACCUGAUAGAGUGCAGCGACCGCGAGCUCAUGAGACUGGCCGGGAACAAGUACGGGAACUACGUCCUGCAGAGGGCGCUGGAGAACACAUUUGUCCGUCGGCCCAAUCUUUACGCGAGGCUCGUGACGAAGUUGGAUCCCUUCUCCGGGAGGGUUUUGUGUGGCGGUCACGCCAGAAACGUCAUCGACUUGGUGCAUAGAUUCGACAAUCUCCUCCGUGAAGUCCUCCAGUGA